AUGUCCUCCCAGGUGAGACUGAGGCUGCUGCCGAGCGCCAGAUGCUUGUUUGAUGAGCACGUUCAGGUGAAGGUGGCCCUGCUGAGGUCGAGACAGGUGGUCACCGUGAGAGCCAGAUCGACUGACGAGAAGGGGGUGGUGUUCAGCUCCUCGGCCACCUACAGGGCCGAUGGGCGCGGGGAGAUCGACCUGGACAGAGACCCCUCACUCGGUGGGAGCUAUGUUGGGGUUGAACCCACUGGUCUGCUGUGGUCGAUGAGGGCAGACAGACCACACAAAAGGUUUCAAAAAACCAAUUCACUAAGCCCCCACGUGGUGAAGUUCUCUGUGCAUGAGGAGGGAGGUGAGGGCAGGAUGCUGGCAGAGGCGACCAAUGAGAGGGUUCUGAUGGGAGACGGAGUCAGACGGGUCCCCGUCAAAGAGGGAAACUUUCGGGGAGUCCUGUUUACUCCCCCAGGAGGAGGACCUUUCCCUGCUGUGUUGGAUCUGUACACUUUCGGUGGAGGUCUGUCGGAGAAAAGGGCGUCUCUGCUGGCCAGUCGAGGAUUUGUGGUUCUGACUGUAGCUCUGUAUGGCCACGAUGACAUGCCGAAGAACAUCAGAGAGGUCCAUCUGGAUUAUUUUGAGGAGGCAAUAGAGUUUUUGAGAAGACAAGAUCAGGUCGGCAAUAAUAGAGUUGGUGUGAUAUCACUGUCAAAAAGUGGAGAUCUUGCUCUUUCAGUGGCUUCUUUCCUGCCAGGUGUUGGGGCCACAGUGUGGAUCAAUGGCUGCUGUUCCAACACAUUACUCCCCCUCUACUACAAGAGGAGCCAAAUCCUGCCUGCCUUAAUGUUUGACGUGACUCAGAUUAUUCCCACUGAGUCAGGGGCCUUCAUUGGCAAUAAUGUAUUGCAUAAUCCAUUAACAGAGGAGAACAAGGGCAGCCUUAUCCCCAUUGAACAAGCCAAGGGACGUUUCCUCUUUGUGGCCUCAGAGGACGACCUCAACUGGGACAGCAAGGCUUACAUGGACGUGAUGGUGGAGAGACUGAAGCGGCAUGGGAAGGAGAACUUUGAGAGUGUGUGUUACCCUGGAGCAGGGCAUUACCUGGAGCCACCUUAUGGACCCUACUGCCCCUCCAGUUUCCAUGGGAUUGUGGGUAAACCAGUCCUGUGGGGGGGUGAGCCCAGAUCCCAUGCAGCAGCUGAAGUCCACAUAUGGAUGAAGAUCCAAGAGUUUUUCAGAACUCUCCUGAGCUGCGAUGCUACACAGAAUAAAGCCAAGUCAUUGAUACAAUUACAGUCGUACAAACAACAGUGA